AAUUUAAACCCUUUCCACACUUCACUAGCAACCACCUAAGCCGGUGAACCGGUGAACUCCUCAAAGUUUCAAAGGGUCUCCACCGCCGUACACACUAUAUAUCAAAUUCUUGACGCAUCACAACCAACAAGGUCCCAUUGCCGUUUCACUUCAUUCACUCACUCACUCCCUCUUCUCUCUUAAAAUCCCAUCAUCAUCACUCACUGCACGUUGCCGUUUUUAACAACGCUAAACGACGAGCCAAAGCGCGUUCAAAGGAACAGAACCGUCACUGACAACUGUACCUGUAAACGACGCUAUGGCCGUGACCUUCACUGCUUCGUUACUCCGUUUCAUUUCAUCGCCACAAAAUUGGAUCUGAAUUCUGAUUCUCAAUCUUCCGAUUCUCCCUUAAUCGAGGUUUCAACAUUCUAUUCAGCGACUCGCUGAAUCGGUGAAGUGAAGAGAAGGUUCUAGAAGAAUCGAAUGGGAAAAUCGUCGAGCAGUAACAGAGACUGGACGCAGGUGUACGCGAUCUACGGAAUGGAGCAAUGGCAAACCCUAAUCUUCCUCCUGUGUCAAGCGAUUCUCUUCUCUGUCUUGUCGGUUAUGUAUCUUUUGUACUUCGAUCUCAUCUGCGCUUUUUUCGAGCGAAUCUUCUCCGGCGCCGGCGGUUCCGCGCGAUUCGCCGCAGGAAUCACCGGCUCCGUUACGGCGCUCUCCGCGCUCUGUCUCUUCUUUGCCGCCGCAAACUUUUUUUACUCAGCCGUGCCGCUGCACUUCGACAUGGCGCAGCGCAUCGUCUCCGCCGUGCACGACUGGUCCUCCGUGAAAUUAGCGCUGGACCUCGGCUGCUGCGGCCGCGGUAUCCUCCUGAACGCGGUGGCGACGCAGCUGAAGAAGGAAGGGAGCUCCGGCCGGGUCGUCGGUUUGGACCGGUCGAAGCGGACGACGCUGUCGACGCUCCGUGCGGCGAAGAUGGAAGGCGUCGGAGAGUACGUGACGUGCCGUGAGGGCGACGCGCGGCGGCUUCCGUUUCCUGAUAACUACUUCGACGUGGUGGUGUCCGGCGUGUUCGUGCACACGGUGGGGAGGGAGUACGGCUCGCGUACGGCGGAGGCGGCGGCGGAGAGGAUGAGAGCGGUGGCUGAGUUGGUGAGAGUGAUGAAGCCCGGUGGAGUAGGAGUGGUGUGGGACCUACUGCACGUGCCGGAAUACGUGCUAAGGUUGCAGGAACUGAAGAUGGAAGAUGUGAGGGUCUCUGAGCGUGUAUCGGCCUUCAUGGUGAGCAGCCACAUCGUAUCAUUCAGAAAACCCAGUCAGCACGUGCAUGGCCCCGCUGAGGUUCGCUUGGAUUGGAGAUUAUGCUGACGUGGAAUUUCUCUCACUUAAUAUAUACAUCUGAAGAAAUAUAAAAAAAUUAUAAUUAUAUAUACUGAGACAUGUUUUGUUAAAAUGUUUUUUUAUUUAUAUAUGAAAAAAGAGAUAUCCAUGGAUAUCUGCAGGUAAAGUUAUGGCUGGGGAGGCGAAGUCGAACCAGAUGUUAAAAGAAAAUUAUAUGUAAAAAAAAAAAAGUGGAUGAUGUAAUAAUGUGAUGAGAUAGAACUGGUGCCGGAUUUUUGUAUAUGUUGAUGAUAUAUAUUAAUAUUAUAGAUGGCAAUGAAAUUUUAGCAUGUUAGCAUGUUCAUGGGUCUUAGAAUGGAUUGGCUGAAAAUGGUACAUGUGAUUGUGUAGAACUUGUGUUAUAUUUUCGUAGAAUGUUUUUAUUUUUCUAUUUUUUGCUUAGGCUGCAAAUUUUUAUUGAACCUGAAACAGAAAAACAACAAAUUGUUUAUUUGAAGUGUAAUUUUGAGAUGCGACAAUCAUUUUAAUGGUGGAUGAAACUGUUUACUUAUCGGUGGCGGAAAAGCCGGUAAUUGUGGGUUGAAUCCGGAGGUGAAGGAAAUGAGUUACUUUUGAAUUUUAAGCUUGUUGAAGAUGUCACUGUCUUUUAUUUAAUUUUUGGGGUUUCGAGUUUCUUCCCUCCAUGUGAUGCCGGAUUCUAUUUAUAAAGGUUGAAAGCUAAUGGUGAUGAAAAGAAGGGGAAAAGAGUAGGUAGUGAUAUUUGUUUCCGGUGCAAUUCAGUUUGGUGGAGGUUGUGUGUUGAAAAGAUGGCGUGGACUGGUGACCUUGCUGAAGAGUCACAAUCAGGGAUUUUCGAUCGUGAAGCUUUAACAAAGUGCCCGACGAGUUUGUUGCAAGUUUACAUCUCAUACUUUGAAGUAAUGGUUUGUGGUGUUUGCUAGUGGUAGAGAACUGAAAUGGUUUGCUAAAAUUACACUACUGAGUUGGUCCAUGUAGUCAUUUAACUUUGUUUUGUUCUGCAGAUUCGGGCGUGAUCUUCAAAUUUAAUUUUAUUAGGUUGGUAUGUAAUUGUGGUCAAUCACAAUUAAUUGAGUCAUAGCUUGCAUAAGCUUUCUGGGGUUGUUGCUUCACUGUCAGAAACACUUGAAAGGUAAUAUAUGUUUGCUUAAAUGGUUUUACAGCAGUCAAAGCUUGGCAUAAUCUAUGUAUUGCUUACUCUCAAAUCAAAAUCAUUAAGUGAAAAUUAUACGGUUAAGAUAUUUCCUUAUUGAAAUUAUAACGGCGUUGAUUAUCUUGCAUUUGCAUAGUAGCCUUUCCCAGGACCACAUGGUGCAUGUGCUCCUCUAAUUCUGACACUAUAGGAGUAUGGGGCCAUACUUGCUAUCCCAUAAGCAAUGACCACUUGGGACUUGACAUCUAGGAGGCCAUGAUUUCCUUCGUUAGGUUCAAUGUAGAUACCUCAUUUUAUUAGAAGAUAAAUAACAUUUUCAGAAUUAUCCAUCACGUAUAGUCCGGAUCCUUUCCACUGUAAUUUAAAAUAUCGAAAAGGAUUCUGCAAUGACCGUGUCGUCCAUAAUUGUCAUAAAUUGUAAUCCUUAUGGCUGUAACACAUUAAAACUUGCCGUGAUGAUCUUCAAUCCAGAGAAAGUGAGAUGUGAAUAAGAAUUGGUAAAUGCUUGUGUCUGCUUGCUUAAAAGCAAUCAUAAUAACAUAAUCAACAUAGAAGGUAAGCACUGUAUUAAUUAAGGUUAACUGAAUAAAAUAAUCUUGCCUGUAGAGAUAUAUCUCUCUGGGGUUCUUUUUCUUUCUUUUGGGGACCAGAAAUAUAUCUCUCCAUUUACCAAUCUAAUGUAAGUUUCUUGUGUGGAAAUAAAAUAUUUUUUCCAAAUUUUAAUGCAAGGCAGGCCCACAAAUGCCAUAAACACUAUAAACUAUGCUGAGGUCAAUCGUCAAUGGUUAUUUUCUGAAGUUGAAUUUUUUUUUUUUUCAAAUAAAAAAGGUACAAGCCAGGAAGGUUCCUACACAUUUGUGUCUACAUAUACCGUACACCAUUUUGUAAACCAUGUACUCCUUUCAAAAUUGAAACAGUCAUGGUCAGCGUUCAGAGCAAGUUGCAAAGCAAUCCAUGUAGAAAUUAUCAAUACGUUCUCUUUUAUAUCAUAUACUUCAUUAUGUCACAUUACUAUAUGUUGCAAAUAAUAUUCUUAUAUUCUUUGUCUAUUUCAAUGUAACAAAAACAACGAUACGAGAUUGGGUCAGUGGCACAGUUGUUAUGGAGUACACGGUAACACAAUUUCAGACAAAGUCUUGCUAAAGAAGGAAGAAAAGUGAAAUAAAUUGGAUAAAUUUUUCGUAGUUUGAGAUGACAAAGGCACAGAAGAUGAAAAGUGUACCAGUUAAUUCAGCAAAUAUUGAGUAUACUGCGUCAAGUGAUCAUGGCAAACUGAACCAAACCGUGACCCCAUUACCCCCAUGUGGCUAUUUAUUACUAGUGACUUCCUUAUGGACAUAAAACACCAAAUUAAUGCAUCACAUUACUUCCAUCCAUGUGUCUCCUAUCUCUCUUAUAGCAUUCCAAGAAAAAUUAUAUAACCAUGCCAAGCUGUUAUUUGAAAAUUGUUUGAUUUGUUUCUACGAUACAUGAGAUGGAUUGUGUGCUCAUUCUCUGAAGUUGGGUGGUGCUUUCCAUCUCUCAAUUGCAGCCAAUUUGUUCGAAUGAUUUAUGUGUAUUCGGCAUCUGAUUCAUAGCCAAUGACAUUUUUUGAUUUAGGGUAGCCAUCGAUAGACAUUUGACCAUAAAAUUUUUAGAGAGUAUACUAAAAAUAUGUAUAAUCACAGAUUAUACUAAAAAUUAUUAAAAUAAACUAAAAAUAAUUAAUAAAAAUCUUAAGCUUUGUUUGAAGGGAAGAUGAAGACUUAUUGUUUCUGCUAGGAAAACACUAGUCUUCAGGUCUUUGUUCUUACUGUUGCGGACGUGGCCUGACGUGGGGAGGGUACCUAUAAAAGGCAUUCCGAUGCUGAAAUCAGAAUUCGAUUCUGAGUAAUAACUACUAUUUAAUAUGAAAUGUCCACCCUUUACCUAUACUUCUUACCUUCUUUUUAUAGGCAGAUAUGAGCUAAUGAGCUUGCUGAGUCAGCCUGAUUUUAGCCCUUUAAUUAAGGUAGAUAAUGAUCUGUUAAUUACUGCUAAUUGAGUUAAUUAGCUUUUAAUCCUGACAUGGGGUAUUCGGCCAUGUUAGGCCGAAGGGGUACUCGGUUACCUUUUUCUACACAUAGGUCCGAGGGGUAGAUAGGACCGAGGAGUGCCCUAUCCAGUACACUAGCCCUCCAAGCCCGAAGAGGUACGAGGCAAGGGCUUAAUAAUAAUACAAAUAUCAAGAAUAUGUAAGCGAGGAAGUACUUAGUUUUCUGAAGUGAUCAGUGUUGUAAGGAAUGCUUUGUUUAACUAACUUGAGAGGGUACCAAUAAGAAAAAGUAGGUAUACCGAGAGGGUACUCGGUUUUAAUAACAUAAGUAAACCGAGUAGGGUAUUCGGUUAAGGUAUAGUAGGUAGACUGAAUAGGUACUUGGUUUAUUGAAGAGCACACACCAAAGGGUACUCGGUUUAGUGAAUGAGUGAUUUAAACCGAGGGGGUGCAAAUUAAAAACCACAAUAAUAAAAUAAUAAUUAAUGUGUAAAGAUCACUUUAGGGUUUCAGAUUUUUUAGGGUUUUCUCGAAGUGUGUAUAUGAAACGAAAGGGUGAUCGAUCUCAACUGUAGAUCUAGAGAAGAUCUGUCGGUUUAGAAGGGGUGCAACCCUUCGCAUGCCCAAAGCCACAGGUUCUAUAAAUACAUGGUGGUCCAUGCUUUUAUUUCUCACUUUUUCUCUGAACCGGGGGGUAUAUACUCUUGCUCUAAACCGAGGGGUACUCUGUUUUAGAAGUCUCUUUUCUUCCAACUGACUACUGCAAGGUACGCUUAUUCAUCCUUUCUUUUAAGUAUUUUAGCAUGGCCGAAUCCUUAGGAUGAGAGGACUCGUUGUCGAACUCAUCGAGGCCGACUACUGUCAAAGUAGAAGUUGUAGAUGGAACUGAAAAGGAUGGUGAAGUCUCCUCGAGACCGAGUAGGGUGGAUGAAGAAGGGGUAGGGGUCCAUGUUAGAGAAUGUAAUGACAAAGUUGAAUCAUCAGGUUCUUCUGACUCUGAAUCUA